AAUGAAAGUUACAAUUUCGAGGAGAUAUUGACUAUUUAGUCAAAUGGAAAUGGAAUUUGUAAAAGAAGAAGAGAAUCGAGUUGUGUGAAAGAAUGGAGAAGAAAGAUGAAGACACAGACCCAUGGUUAGGCGCAGACAAAUUCUAUCACAUCAUCAUGUGUUUCACUCUCACUCUUCUCUUCUACGCUCUCGCUUCCUUCACUUCACAUCCUUUCCUCCGCCGCCACGCCAUUUCCAUUGGAUCCGUCGUUUCUCUCCUCGCCGGCGCCGCCAAAGAAGCCGCCGAUCACCUUGGCUAUUUCCGCUCUUCCGGUGCUUCCUUCAAAGACGCCAUUGCUGAUAUCGUCGGUGUUGUUAUCGCUUCCUUCGCUCUUACUCUUUUCCGAUCCAAAACGUCUGGGCAUCGCUCUCAUCCUCAAGGCAUUUCCCUUGUUUGAUUUCAUCACCAUUGAGGAAAUUAGGUGGAAGGAUUAAGGAAAAGCUUUGGUUACAUGCUUCCACGGGAAGUGCUUCAAUGCAGCAAAUGAAAUGGUGACUGCAGGGUUGAGAUGAGCACCGGAGAUGUGGCCGGUGGAGAGGAUGAUGAUCAUAACCGCAAGACCAGUAGACGUGGCGCACCCAAUCAGAGUCUCCGAGCCUUGUGUCUUUUGGUUCACAAUAGCAGUGGCUGCCCCAGCAAACAUCAGAAUCAAUGUCCCUAUAAACUCAGCUCCUAUCUGUAACACAGGAGGAGGGGGUGGCAUUAACGAGCAGGUGACUGUGGGUAGAGCUCCAUCUUCUAAGUUCCAUUCUUGGACGCCGAAGCAUUUACAGUUCUUGAGUAGGGACUUCUUAUAUUUAUUACUACCGUUCCCACUUCUCUCAGACUUAAACCCACCGAAAAGAGGUACACCAGGAGUGCCUGGUGUUGCUGGUGUUGAUGGAAUUUCCUCAUUAUUAAUAUGCUCCAUUUCUCCGGUAAAUAGUAAAUUUAAUUUAGACAAGACAAUGUUACUACAAAUUAGAGUAUAUAAGGGGGGCUCAAGAUUAUUGUUGCUAUUGUAUGUUGGGUAUAUAUAGCUAGAGCAAGCAAGAGUGUAGAGUUGACUUAUUAUAUAGCAUGAUUAGCAUCACUAUGGAAAUGAAAGGAAGCAAAUUAGUGGCUGAAACUGAUAUAUGAGAAAAAGGUAGCAGCAUGUGGAAGUGGACGGUGGGACAGUUCUGAGGGGACUCUUACUAGACUCUGGAACUUAGGAAAGAGGCUUGGUUCACACUGCACUGCACUACACUAGGCAUCAAUUAUAUACGGUUUUCUAUUCAUCAAUUCCUUGGUCAUUCCUUUUGUGUCCUCCUUCAUUUCUGCAGGUUUGUAGCAGCUCAUUCCUUCACUCACUUAAAGAGCAUGGUCAAUUAAUUAAUCAUGAUUAUAAAAUUGCCUAAGUAUCAUGAGAGUGUAUUAAACAACAAAAAUAUCAUAUACUAGUAACUAAUUAUUGUUUACAGGGUUUUUAUUAAUUGUUGUGUUGUGCCAUUGCUCAA